UCAUAUCUUAUCAUUUUCAAAAAUUCUGAUAGUUAAAAAUACACAAUGGACCCUACAACAAAUGGACAUAAUAAAAUUAAUGGUGAUUCACUUUAUAACAAUCUGCCCAAUGAAAACAUUAACAAGAAAGUUGCAUUAAUAACGGGUGUGACUGGACAAGAUGGUUCGUAUCUGUCAGAGUUCCUCAUUGGAAAAGGAUAUGAAGUUCAUGGUAUUAUGCGUAGAUCCAGUUCAUUCAAUACCGGGAGAAUACAUCACUUAUACGGAGACAAAAAAGCUCACAUUGAAAGCAACAGAUUUCAUUUGCAUUACGGUGAUCUGAUGGACAGCACUUGUCUGGUAAGCAUCAUCAGUCAAAUCAAGCCGAAUGAAAUUUACAAUCUCGCUGCCCAGAGUCACGUCAAGGUAUCCUUCGAACUGAGUGAAUACACUGCCGAUGUGAACGGGUUAGGUUGUUUGAGAUUGUUGGACGCGGUGAGGAUUUGCGGGCUCGGUCAAUAUACCAAGUUGUACCAGGCCUCGACCAGCGAAAUGUACGGUAAAGUUUUAGAAGUUCCUCAAAACGAGCUCACGCCCUUUUACCCAAGGUCCCCUUACGGAGUGUCCAAAUUAUACGCCUAUUGGAUCACGGUUAAUUACAGAGAAGCUUACAAUAUGUUCGCCUGUAAUGGGAUUCUGUUUAAUCACGAAAGCCCUAGGAGAGGUGAAACUUUUGUAACCCGAAAAAUAACAAGAGCUGUGGCCAAAAUAAGCUUAGGUCAGAUGCAAUCAUUCAAACUAGGAAAUUUGAACUCCAAAAGGGAUUGGGGUCACGCCAAGGACUAUAUAGAGGCCAUGUGGUUGAUGCUACAAAGGGAUACCCCUGUAGAUUACGUUAUAUCAACUGGGUCUACUCACAGUGUUAGGGAAUUCGUUGAAGAAGCUUUUAAGAUUGUGGGAGUCAAUAUAAAAUGGCAAGGAAAAGAUUUGGACGAAGUUGGGAUAGAUGAAUCCACUGGUAUAACAAGAAUAACAGUAGAUUCAAAGUAUUACAGGCCUACAGAAGUGGAACUAUUGUUGGGAGAUUGUAGCAAAGCCAAAAAGGAAUUGAAAUGGAAACCAAAAAUUUCAUUCAAGGAAUUGGUGAAAGAAAUGGUUUUAUCCGACAUCGAUAAUAUGAAAAAGAACCCCGAAAAUUAGGCACACAUUUUUUUCCUUAAUUCAUAUGCACACCAUAUUCACGGGAUUAACUUAAUGGGCACAAUAUUUAUAUACUAUAUAUACGCUAGAGGUCUGCAAAACCCCACACGCGGGCUGAGUUGGGAAAAUCAUUUUUUUUUACAAUAAACUUGUGAUUUCAAUUAACCAAAUCAAUCACGGUGUUUAUAUAGAUAAUAUGUUUACAUCGCGAUUAUAUACCUUUCACUUGCCAAAUAUAGUGAUAAUAAUUUAAGAAUUAGUUUAUCAAGUUGAUUGAAGAAUGAAAUAUUAAAAAUAAUAUAUUUUAAAAAAACGUCUACCCCAGGUCUCCGGUACCCAUAGCAUUUUUAUGUAGAAAAUAUUUUUAUAUUAUAUUUUACGAAGCCACAAACUUAUGUAGGAACUUUUAUUUUUAUAUUAUUCUUUUAAAUUUAUACCCCUAAAUUCUCUUAAGAACCGUUCAAAAGUAAAUAGUUUCUUUUUUAACUGUUGUGUAUAGUUAAUCCAUAAAAUGUUCUCUCUUUAUAAACUUGUCAGCAUAAUUUAGAUUUAUUUUUCAAUAAACCCAAAGUUGUAUAAGUUUUGUUCGUAAAAUUUUCCUUAAAAUAUAAAAUGGACUUUCGUAAAAAUUAUAUGAAUAACUUUUAUUAAUUAAAAUGUAUUUAUUUUUUUAUAUGAUAUUAUAUAUAUACUUUUAUAUUAUAAAUUAUAGUAACUUAUUUUUAGUUUAAUUCCCAAUAUUUUAAAGAAUAGAUACCGCCAAAUAAUAAUUAUACAUGAGCAAAAUUGAGCCCUUCAAUAAUUCAUUCCCCCAUUCUAGAAACCACCAAUUUUAAUUGCCAUUUUUUUUAAAUAAUAAAAUUCCAUCUUCAUUAUUUCGAAGAUCAGUAUUUUGUUACUUAUUUGGUAAAUUAUAUAAAUUUAUAAAUCUAGAUAAUAUUUUUUUUUAAAUUAUCUAAAUUAUAGGUGGAAUCAUUUAUAUAUAUAUUUAAUUGUGAUUAAAUGUAGAAAAAAUGCGGAGAUGUAUUUAAUUUAU